AUGAGGGCGGAGGUUAAAGGUGCGAGAGUUUUCAUGUCGGAGGUAGCUUUAACAGUGUGCUCUUUGGGUAAGUCGUUGCAAAUUAUUAUCGUGUCUUCCUUUGCGAGGUUUGUUGUGCGCCUACGCUCUGAGCGCAGCGGUUAUCCGGAGCUCUCCGUUACACCCCUUUUCAACUCCGUGCCCCGAUCCUACAUCGACCUGUCCAUCCUCCGACAUCUUCACCAGCUGCGUCAGGCCCACCCGCGCGAUUUGUUCUACCCAUUUGGUAAAAGUAGUGGCGAUAUUACGACUCCAGUCAGCGAUGAUGGAAGCUCCCCAAACAUAUCCAUCUCAACAUCGUUCCCAUUCUUUGAAAGAUCCUACAACUCCUUGUAUGUCAACAACAACGGUGUCAUCUCCUUUGUCGUGCCCGUGAGCCAGUACACACCUACCACAUUCCCACUACCGGAUGGGCGCGCCUUUAUUGCCCCGUUCUGGGUAGAUGUAGACAAUACCCUGCGAGGUAACAUCUACUAUCGCGAGAGUACCGAAGAAGCGUUACUGCAACGGGCCACGGCGGACGUCCGCAAGUACUCACCCGGACUCGAAUUUCAAGCCCGCUGGGUGUUUGUGGCUACUUGGGAUAACGUUACUUAUUAUGGCUCCCGAUCCUCCAAGGUAUUCAUUCAGUGCAUUCGAAUACACAGUAUGGCUUCUGAGAUCCAUUUCCGGUCCCGUGCCAUUUGA